GCGUCACGUGGGGGAGGGGAGCGCUGCCGCCAUGUGCCAGGCGCAGGAGGAGUACGGGGGCUGCGACCAGCCCCGCAGGCGGCCCCGCGUCAGCUGUGCGCAGAAGUGCAUGAAGUGCAAGGAGGCCUCGCCUGUGUUAGUCAUUCGUGUUGGAGAUGCCUUUUGCAAGGCCUGUUUUAGGGAGUGUUUUGUUCACAAGUUCCGUGCGAUGCUUGGGAAGAAUCGUGCCAUUUACCCAGGAGAAAAGGUUCUUCUUGCAUUAUCAGGUGGACCUGCCUCCAGCUCAAUGCUUCGACAAGUCCAAGAGGGCCUGAGUCGGGAGACAGCCAAGAAACUGCGCUUUAUGCCGGGCAUCAUCUACGUUGACGAGGGAGCCGUGUGCGGGCAAAGCCUGGCUGAGAGAGAGAAGACGCUGCUCCAGCUGGAGACCGUCCUGCAAGCCUCAGGGUUUCCAUAUCACCUGGCCCACCUAGAAGAGGUGUUUGACUUGCCCAGCUCCAUCCUGCAGCGUGUGCCCCACCAUCCCGCAGGCCCCAAGGACAGCUACAAGGAGGCGGUGGAGGGCUUUAUCCGCCAGCAGAGGCAGGAGGAGGGCGGAGGUCCCUCUCUGCCUGAGAGGCAGAUCCAGGAGAAGCUUGCCGAGGUCAGCGUGCGAGAUGCACCCGGCAUGGAGGGGCUGGCCGCCCCGGAAGCCAGGCUCUUGGCUGCAGUCCGGACCGAGCAGCUGAUCCGGCUCUUUGGGUCCGUGAAGACGUUGACGGCUAAAGAAGAGCUGCUGCAGACCCUGCGGAAUCACCUGAUCCUGCACACAGCCAGGGCCCACGGGUACUCCAAGGUCAUGAUGGGAGACAGCUGCACCCGCCUGGCUGUCAAACUGCUGACCAACCUCUCUCUGGGGCGGGGGGCCUCCCUCGCCAUGGACACGGGCUUCUCGGACGAUCGCCAUGGCGACGUGGUGGUGGUGCGGCCCAUGAGGGAGUACUCUGCCAAGGAAAUUGCCUUCUACAACCACCUGUUUGGCGUUCCCACGGUCUUCACUCCUGCCUUGGACACCAAGGCCCUGGAGAAGGCCAGCAUACACCGGGUGAUCGAGCGCUUCCUCUACGGGCUGCAGGCAGAGUUCCCCUCCACCGUCAGCACCGUGUACCGGACGGGCGAGAAGCUGAGCGCGACCCCUGGAGACGCCGGCCCUGCCGCUGAGCCCGAACGCUGCCUCCUGUGCUUGUGCGCCCUGGACACCAACGUGGAGGACGGCUCUGCUUUGCAAGCCAUCCUGGUCUCGGAGCGGCUCUCCCAGCAGAAGCUGCCAGCUGCGGCGCCCGCCGGGAGAGGGUGCUGCCUGGGGGCAGAGGAGCAGAGAGGAUGCUGCAUGAACACGACAGCUCCAGGGGCCGACGCCCGGGCCGACUUCCUGCCCCUGCUCUGCUAUGGCUGCAGACUGACCAUCAAGGACACGACCUGCCUGGAGAGCCUCCCGCUCUACGUCCGCUCGGAGGCAGAGCGCAGGAAAUGCAGGGCCGCGAUGAAGCUGGAAAUCCAGGAGUUCUUGCUGGAAGAUGAAGCUGUGACUCCGGGUGAGAGCUGACAGGUGGACCAUGUUCCCAACGAGCUCGACGCUUCCCUGGCUGUCAGGGGCCCCCGGAGCAGCGCGCCUGCCAGAGAGCAAAUGGGGCCUGGGCCCAGCACCGUCCAGGCUGGGCUUGAGAUCACAGGGGCCCUGCUGCAGGGCAGUGGGCCUGCCUUUGUUUCCAAGGUGCUGGGCCCAGCUCUUGUUCACUGCCUGCCCCUGGGAGGCGCCUGCUACCUGCAGGGGUGGGGAGGAGAGGAGACACCUCCCAACCCCCCUUCUUUUAAUGACUGUUUCUAAGAGGAAUACGAUAUUUUGCAUCCCCUGACGCACAGCUGGAUUGGGGCCCUGGG